UAGUAAGUCAUUCAUGGAAUCAACCUGAGUGAAGUCAGCGUCACAGUCAUUUUUAUGGAAGAGGGAGACAGACGUGGUGAGAAUGAAGAGAAUGGAAAGGAUUCAGAAGCACUGUUGUGGGGAAUGUAGACGGAGUUAUAAAGAAACACAUAGAAAACGUUACUAACCAGCAGCAGAGAUCAGCUAGCGUGCAUUUUAGUGGUUGAGUAUCUGCUGUGUGCCAGGUGAAGGUGGAUAAGAUGGUACCUUCAGAACUCACGGCAGAGUUGGAGACACAGGUGAUAGGACAUAAUGACAGGGUAUCUUACUGAAGUAUUUAUGCGGUAAGAUCGCACAGAUGUGACCCCAAAGUCAGACUUGAGGAAGGAACGGUGGGGAAGGGGAAACGUGGCCGGAAAGACUUCAGGAGCAGGUGACAGCUCAGCCAAACCGUGUUCAGAGCGUGGGCGUUAUCUGGAAGGUGGGAGAGUCAUUUGUCAAUAAAGUAUUCCCAGGGCAGGAAGUGUCAGAACCAGAGACUUUUGAGGAGAGAGCAAGGCAGAGGUCUGCAGUCCACCUGCUUCAGAAUCACCUGGAUGCGUACAGUGCAGAUGCCUCGGCCCCAGGGCUCUGCAUUUUAACUGGCUCUCUAGGUGUUCCUUCUAGAUAACAUGAGUUGAAUAUUUAAUACAUUGCCAGGGGCUAUAUUAAAUGUUCACAUGGGUUCUCACGAUUAUCUCAAUAACUGUGAGAUAGGAUGAGGAAAGUAGGACACAGAGAAGUCAUUUGCCCAGUUGUAUAGCUAGUGAGUAGUGGGCUAGGGGUCCAAAACUGGCCAGGAACACAGCUUGUUUGGGGAGCUGCAGGUAGUUUAUUUUGGAGGGCACACCUGGGAUUAAUAGGAAGUAAGCCUAAUAAUAAUAAUAAUAACAAUAAUAACAAUAAUAGAAGUAGAGGCCAUGUUAAAAAGAUUUUGCCUUCAUGGUUUAGUGACUUCUUCAGUAAUGCUUAUGUAUUGAGAAUGAAAGCAAAGAAAGCAGGUAAUGGCUUUUUAGUUUUUACUACCAAACUGCCAUUUUAACUUCCAUAGUCUCACCUCAGUCUGACUCCAUUUCUCCCCACUUUUCCUCUUCCAAACACCAUCUCUUACUAGAUUGAGCUCCUCAUCAUCAGAGCCCGUGUCUUAACUCGUGAAGUAUCUAGCUCAGACUGUUUGGCUUCAUUGUCAUGUACUUGUGUGUGUGUUUCCUCCCCUAGAAUGUAAGCUUCAGGAGGGUGGGGACCUGGGGUGUUUUGCUUACUGCUGUAGCCCUUGAGCCUGGCACAGAGGAGUCAGUAAGUAGAUGAUGAGUGAUGAAAUUUUCUGUAUCCAUAUAAUAAUGGCUUCCGUCUCAUUCAGAGUCAAAGUCAAGGUUCUUAAAAGGCCCUGCAAGGCUCUACGUGGUCUGGCCCUCUGCUUGUCCUUCCCCUCCCUGCCUCUCCCUUCCCCCUGGUGUCAGGUCCUCCCUCUCCCUUGGCUUCAGCUGCCCACUCAGCUCCGGCUCACACUUCAUGAUUGCCAGUGUUUCUGUUCCAGGAGCCCCGGCUCAUUCCCGUUCCUUCCUCAGGUCUCUGCUAAAGUAGCGCCUUGUCAGAGAGGCUGGAGGGACGAAUGGAUGGAGGUGCUGCCUUGCGGUACCUCUCUUAUUGCCGUCUUAUGGUCUCCUGGAUGGUGGAGCAUGGACCCAGUUGCUACUCACAGCUGCCAUCUCCUCCAGCAGCUGCAUGAGCAGCGUAUUCAAGGCCUGCUUUGUGACUGUAUGUUGGUGGUGAAAGGAGUCUGCUUUAAAGCACAUAAGAAUGUUCUAGCAGCUUUCAGCCAGUACUUUAGGAGCCUCUUUCAGAAUUCUUCAGGUCAGAAGAAUGAUGUUUUUCACUUGGAUAUUAAAAAUGUAAGCGGCAUCGGGCAGAUCCUGGACUUCAUGUACACAUCGCAUCUGGAUCUUAACCAGGACAAUAUACAAGUCAUGCUGGACACGGCACAGUGUUUGCAAGUUCAGAAUGUUCUGAAUCUGUGUCACACAUUCUUAAAGUCAGCCGGUGUAGACCAGCCACCCGGCCUGCCUUGUCACAGUACAUUCUCCCUGCAAAGUGCUUUGACUCCUGACGCUAAUUGUGUUAUCAGUGAAAACUACGCCCCUCAUUUGCUGCAGGAGUGCUCAGCAGGUGUUCAGCAGGGUAGAGUUGUGGAUGAAUCACAUUCUCAUGCCCCACCCUCAGUUGGUCUUCAUACUUCCACAGCUGAAACCUCAAAACAAGCCCCUGAUAGGUUAGAUGGCAGCUGCACAGAACUGCCUUUCAAACAGCCAAACUAUUACUACAAGCUCAGAAACUUGUACAGUAAGCAGUACUAUAAACAAGCCACCUGUCCCAGUCAUGAGAGAAUAAUCAAGCAGCCUUUCACUUUCAGCACAUCCUCAGACCUUCAUGCCGCGGAACACCAGCCCUGUGCUGUUGGUCACGCCGAGUGUGUCCUGGAGUCCUCCGAGCACUUGCCUUCCAACUUCCUGGCCCAGCCUUUGAGUGAACCUACCCCAGACCCUGAGCCAGACCACGCAAGCCAACAACCUACCAGACAGAUGAGGCUCAAGAAGGCCAUUCACCUUAAGAAGCUAAAUUUCCUAAAGUCACAGAAAUCUGCAGAGCAGACAUCUGAACCCAAGUCAGAUGACAGGUUAACCAAGAGGAUAGAAUCUGCCAGUGACCAUAGUGUAGAGAAAGUUAACAGCCAAAGUGCUGAAGAAAAAGAAAGUGAAGAACUCAUCAGUUCUGAGAAUUUUAAUUGCAUGAAUGAGAUGGAGAGGCCCGAAGACACUGCGGCCCUGGAAGACCAAUCCCAGACACUUCAGUCACAGAGACAGUAUGCGUGUGAAUUGUGUGGAAAACCUUUUAAACAUCCCAGCAAUUUGGAGCUUCACAAACGGUCUCAUACAGGUGAGAAACCUUUUGAAUGUAACAUUUGUGGGAAACAUUUCUCUCAGGCGGGUAAUUUGCAGACUCACUUACGUCGGCAUUCUGGGGAGAAACCAUACAUCUGCGAGAUCUGCGGGAAGAGGUUUGCAGCCUCUGGUGAUGUCCAGCGUCACAUCAUUAUUCACUCAGGAGAAAAACCACACUUGUGUGACAUCUGUGGUCGAGGGUUCAGUAACUUCAGUAAUUUGAAGGAGCACAAAAAGACACACACGGCUGAUAAAGUCUUCACCUGUGAUGAGUGUGGAAAGUCUUUUAACAUGCAGAGGAAGUUGGUAAAGCAUAGAGUUCGGCACACGGGUGAGCGGCCUUACAGCUGCUCUGCCUGUGGAAAAUGUUUCGGAGGAUCCGGCGACCUCCGCAGGCACGUCCGCACUCACACAGGGGAGAAGCCGUACACGUGUGACAUCUGCAACAAGUGCUUCACCCGCUCUGCCGUGCUGCGGCGGCACAAGAAGAUGCACUGCAGGGCUGAUGACCAGGGGCAGGACGCUCUGGAGGAGCUCACGCAGGCCAUCGAGACCUCGGACCUGGAGAAAUCUCAGAGCUCGGAUUCUUUUUCUCAGGACGUGUCCUUGACUUUGAUGCCCGUGUCUGUUAAAAUCCCCGUCCACCCAGUGGAAGAAGACUCAGUGGCAGAAUUUGACGGCCACUGUAAGUUCCGGUCCCUGGUUCAGUCUCACGGAGCAAGUGAGCAGGAGAAGCUCAGCUUGGGUCCCCUCAAGCUCGCCAAGCCUCACGUGCCGCAGGCGCAGCACCAGGCCUACAGCUACUCGGGCGUGGAGGCCUCGGCUGGCACGGAGCCGCUGCAAGCCGACGGUAUGGCCGCGAUCCGCUCGUCCCUGGCUGCCCUGGACCAUCACUGCGCCGACCCCCUGGGCAGCCGUGCGUCCGCCCCUGCGUACAGGAACUCGGAGGGACAGUUCUUCUCCAGCAUGACCCUCUGGGGGCUGGCGAUGAAGACGCUGCAGAAUGAAAGCGAGCUGGACCAGUGAGGUCCUCUGUCAGCAACUCAGCAUCAGAGGCGGCUUUAGCCCGAGAGGCUAGACUCUGUCCCUCCUGACAGGGGGUGGUCGUCGGAAGUGCCUUGAGCUCAGCGUGUGGGAAGAAAGGCCUCCUGGCACAUCGUGGAAGUGGACGAGGGACUGAACAAGCCUUGCGCCCCAGAAGGCUUGAGAGACCGUCUCCCAGACGUGGUGUGAACUGCGUGUAACUACUGUACAUUUUGGUCGUGGUAAAGGGAAAAUAUAUGGGUAUAAUAAUACAGAUAUUAUUUUUGCAUUUUUACAUGACUGAAAUUUGUAGCAUUUUGUAUUUUUAUUUACAAAAAGAUUUUAUUUGUAUAGGAAACUCAUACUAUAAUUUAAUUUGAAUAAAUAAAAGUUGCCUUUCUGUAUAA